GCUAUAUUAGGUGUUGGUGGGGUGCAACAUGAAGACAGCCCUCAUGGUACGUUCCUCGCCUCUGUAAGAAUAAAAGCAGACCUCCCCCCCUUCCCCUUCCUCCCUGUCCUAAAACCAUCACUCACAUUCCAAAAACAGUGGUGAUAAGAGCAUCAACCAUGGCUAUUCCCAUCAAGGCCUCUCUUCUAGCUCUCAUUCUACUCCUCACUCCCUUGUCUUCAGGCAUGGCUGAGGGUUUCAAGGAUGGCACAAGCCCCAUUUACUUACUACACAAGGAUGGUACCCUGGUGAAUUCAAAGAAGCUUUUGAAGCUUGAUGCAGUGCUGGACUACGACUAUGCAGAAGCGAACCCCAAGCACGACCCGAGGAGGGGGAAGCCAGGUAAUGGUGGAGGUGGCAAGAACCCAUGACUCUGCUUAUCGUUUCGCUUUGAACCCUAGUUAAAUAAUGACACUACUCUCUCAAUCUAGAGGGAUUUUUUAUCAUAUAUGAUGAGAUGUUGUAUAGGAUUCUAUAUGAGGUUGUUCAGUAGUAAUGUUAUAAAACUACUCUUGUGGAGGAGUUGUGAGAAUGGAAUGGCCUUAAAAAGAUGAUAUUGCAUUGUGUUUU